GUUUUGUUUGCAGUUUCUGGCGCCAAGUAAAUUCCGCGAUGUUUCCUGCCGCAGGAUCUGGCUCCAUUAUGGCCGCUGAGUCUUCCUCUCACCAGUUAGUGGGGUACGUAACCAAGAUGUACCCCACCUUCGGAUAUAUCAAUAAUGAAAUUUUUUUUCAGAGGAAGUGUGUUAUUGGUCCAAUGGUUGAAGUAGGAGAUAAUGUUGCCGCAAGUGCAGUGUAUCAACCUCAUAUGCCUAUUAAGUGGAGUGCUGAAAAAGUGUGGCGAGUUGAAGAGCGCCGUGGAAAGUCCAGAGACAAAGCAGAGGAAAACAACUACUGGAAAAGCCAGUCCCCACACAAACACUCUCCACGUGAUAGCUAUACUAAACAAGCUUCCCGUGAGCGAGAUAUUCAUCCAUCUAGUGGUGACCGACGAGUUGACAAAAAGCGUUCUCAUGCCUUAAACAGAGAAGACCACUCAAUCAAAAAGUCUCCCAAUCGUGAACGAAGGAGAAGCCCUUUGGAUCCUGUUACAACGCGCCAUUCCUCCCCUACGUCUGAUUUGUAUUGUAGAACCCCAAUCAACCCCAAACGUAUGCUGAAUGUGAAAGAGUAUUUGUUCUCAGACCUACAAAGGCGCUUCCCAAAUAUUCUUCCGCCGGUUGACUUAUAUCGUGUUAGAUGCAAUUGGCAGGAAUCUUUUCCGUUGCUACGACCUUUUCAGCCUCAGUACCUUACAACUUUUCAGAUAAUCAAAGAACCCGAAGACACUUGUGAAGAAAUACAUCAACCUUACAACAAUGAUAGUGGUUUUGCUGCUUAUGUUUUACUUUUAUCGCUCCCGGCAAUGGCAGAACUGAUGGAAAAGAUAGUUGUCCGUGCAGAGUCUCCCAGUCGUGUUCGUGGCUCAUUACGUAAGUACAUCAAGAUACUGGCUGCUGGAAAAGUUGACGAAAGACUCAAGGCUAUUGGGGGUUCGUGGAGUCGGGAUUUAGACGGACCAGACCCAGCUACAAAUCCGCAAACGCUUGUUAACACGGUCAUUCGUACUUGUAAACAGCUUAUCGGUCUCGAUUUAUCGUAUUGCACACAGUGGCAUCGUUUCUUGGAGUUUCGUUAUAGCCGUACCGAAGGUUCAACUGCCCAACCAACCUCAGUCUUAUUUCCUGGUUCUCAACUAUGGGGUCGACCCGUCACAGAAUCUUCUGAGUCCGAUACAAUUCCUCCAAGCAAACCGUUUCAUCAAAUCGUUGUGUAUUUUAUCCCAAAUGUUUGGUCACUCAUGCCUGCAGACGAAGAAUGGUCAACAAUAAAGCUGGCUUAUGAAAAUAUCCUGGCUUCCAAAGAACCUCAUAUCUUCCCAAUGAGUCCUUCCAAUUUGAAGACGUUUUCUGGUUUAGAUUCUGCUAAGGAAACUGGCGAUGGGAAAUCGAAGGUGGUUAUUGAAAUGGAUUCAAAUUCACUCAGAUCCCCUAAUCAAGACAAUGUACAUGAAGAUGCUAAUUUGUCUAAAAUGGAUGAAGGCAACAAAUCAACCUUUCAAGUACCUAAUGAAUGCUAUCGCUCUACUCCGUAUUUGGCUGGUCAGGAAAAUAUGACAAAGAUGGCAGAUAUUCCUGAAACAGAGGAUGGGUGCGAAUCUGUGGAUUUAUCAAUUCAAGGAAAUUCAAAUCAGGAGGGGACUGAAAAGUGCCAGAAAAAGCUUCAUACUGAACUCAACCUAGCUAACAUGAAGGUUUUUGAACUGCGUGAACAAUUGAAGGCUCGUAGUUUGCCUACAGAUGGAGUUAGAGCUCAGCUAUUGACACGUCUCAAAACAGCUAUUCAAGAAGAAGAAGAAAAAGAAUCUGCUAAGAAGGCUGAAAAAGAAAAAAUGGAGCAGGACAAAUCAUUUCUAUCAGUUAGUAUUGAUAAAUCACCUCAAAUCUCGGAGGAGCAACUAAGACCUUCAAAUGCAGAGUCUGGAUCAAAACCUAAGACUGAUGCACCUAAAGUGACUCUUCGCGAUCUCCCUUCGAUAAUCAUUCUACGCAAACAAAAUGUCGACUUUACAGUGCAGUCAGUUGGGCUGGAUGUUGUUAUGGAUUCGAAAUCUGAUUUUAUGGACUGUAGAUCGUAUGAAUUCAUGUUCUGUAUCCACACAAUUUUCGACAUGAUUCGCAGAGAUUCCGUAUUCACUUUGUUUCGUGCCCUUGUUACGGCUGCAGAUAGAGGAAUUUGCGCAAAACCUAGAAAACGCAGUGAACCAGAUUACGCAGCUAAACGCGCUCGUUUAGAACGCAAUGAAAGAACAUCUAUUGCAAAAGAUGAAGAAUUUAAGGAAAUCCCAUUGUUUACAACGGAUUUGUCUUUACUCUUUGCGUGCACAGUACUGGAUACAAGCUAUAAGAGUUAUUUUCUUUCUUCAGAAGUUGAAGAUUUCAUUCUAUCAUUGGGGUUACCUAUCUCCCGAUACCAGCUUCGGUCUCUCAUAUACAAAGUACUUGAUCAUGGUCGUUUCCAUUAUCGUUCUUUGACGGAUUCGGAAGAGCCCCUUUCUUUAGCAAAUAAAUCAUCUGUUAUAUUCUCCGAUAUUGAUGAUGAUGAAUAUUUGCUGGAACUUGUACGUGGAGGAGAUGCCAUUUUAGACGACCAAAUAGAUACGCAACCUAGCGGAAGCAUUAUUGUAUUUCAAAAGUCUGAUGAGUCAGCUAGUUCUCAGGCAACGCAUCCCGAAGAAUAUCUCUAUCAUAUCAGAACAUCAGAACGGGAACAUUGUAAACUGAUGACUCAGAUCCGACUUCAAGAGCAGGAGAUUGCCCGACUUCGUGCGUCUGUCGUGGACUUUUCAGAACUCAAAGAUAAGUUGUCAAAAACUGCUUCAAGUAUGGAGGAAUACCGACGGCGAUACAGAGAUGAGCGAGACAAAGUCGAUUCUUUAGCUCGUGUCUUGGAACAGCAGGCUUCUGUUCUUGAUGCCUGUCGGUCAGCACUUCGACAAGCUUCCAGUCGUUUUUAUAUUCGUCACUCUGCCAACGAGUCAUCUAAACCCAAGCGUUCGUUGUCACCUUGUUCAGUGACCAGUAACAAGGAAUCCGUCAUAUCUACAAGGAAAACCAAAUCUUCAGAUUUAUGUAAAAAUGAUCUAAUACCAUCUGAUUCACUAAAUGAAGGGAAUGUAACUCAGGUUGUUGAAACUGAUCCUGUCACUGUCAAAAAUGUGUGUGAACAAAGUGCUAUGAUUACAAGCGCUAAUUCCGAUGGUUCAGAAUGUUCAGGUAGCUGAUGUUUCAUAGUUGUAGUUGUGGUGUAUCCACCGGUAGUAUAGAAGAAAUUCCAUUGUCAUUGUAGUGAUAGUACUUGGAUUUUAAAUCAUAUAACUAGGUAUUGCUUUCUAUUCCAAACUAUAGGUAUUGUCUUCAAUAGGUCGCUCUUUCUUUCCCGUCACGUCAUCCUUACAAUCACUUUACUUUGACAAUCGACUUGAUUCGUUUUAGAUUAGUAAACUUUACUAACUAUAUUUCACUUAAUAACAUCUUGAGGAUACAUAAACCGUCCUAUACCUAACAAACGAAGGCAAGUCUUUCAAGAUUACCCUGUAUUGUAUAUUAUAUGAUGGAUAGCUAAUCGGAUUGGAAUUUCAGUAAUUAUUGGGUUUUUUAAGAAAGCUGGACGUAAUGAAUACAUUUACUUCAGAAAUAGGAAUCAGUAAAAUAUUCAAACGGAUUCCUCGUGGGUUAUUGUUCCUGUGUAGAUGUUUCUGAUCAGACAGUAAAAUUUUACCUUUACAUUGACCUUCGACACUUGGCAAAUGUUCUGUAUUUUUAAUUUCGUCAUCGGUAUAUAAUUUUCUUGAUUAUAGUUAGUGAAUGGAUUAAAAAUGGAAGAAAUUUUGGUCCCGUGUAAUGUCGAGGAGAACGCCUCAAAAGCUACUGAUCAAAAAUGUCCGAUUGUCGCUACAGGACUAGAACCCCAUAAUACUUUAAUUUCAGGUGAAUAAAGUUUAGGACUUCGCUUGUGGAUUCGUUUGUUCAUUGAUAGCUAUCUGUGCUGCUGUUCUUUGAUGCUGACCAUACGAGAACUUGGUUUUUAUUUUCACAACUAAUUAAAAUAUAUGUUUGUCUUGUUUUU